AUGCGGCUAUGCCGCGCUAUUACUAUAAUAAGGAUACGGGCACUUGCGAGAAAUUCACCUAUGGUGGUUGUUACGGAAAUGCAAAUAAUUUUGAAACUAAGGAAGCCUGCGAGAAGAAGUGCCAAACAGGUAUUUGUUCAAUGCAUCAUUUUAUGUGGCUCAAUAUUGAUUCAUUAG